GUCUGAGAAACAGAAUUAUUUAACGUCCAACAACCGGGCCAAGUAGUUGUCUUGGUUUCCAAAGCUCUCCGGGAAGUUACUCCGCUGUAUUCAGAUUGUUUCGUUUUAAAAAUAGUACAAAUCAUUCGGAAUGUCCAUCAUCAUCAAGCUAUUUACUCUAAUGUUGGCCGUAACAGGAGUCUGGAGUGCGGCCCUACCUGAAAACCAAGUGGCAACUGCGGCCAGGACGACCUCCGGGGAUUUGGCCACCGCCGAAACUUCAGCCAAGUUGCUAAAUCUUUUUGGAACUGGGUCUGGAUCUGGUUACCCCAACUAUGGCUAUACCUACAAUCGCCCGACAAACGGCUAUUAUCCUGGAUAUAACACGAACUACUAUGGUUCAUCAUCCUCAGGCUUCUAUCCUAGUACGGGUUAUGGCUCUAGCACCUACUAUCCCAACCAGGGGAACUAUGGAUACUCGAGUUACAACCCAACGCAGGGAUAUCCCCAAUAUUACAGCAAUAGUUACCCCACCACGAAUAUUUUGGGAUCCCAAGGAGGCGGAUACGGUGGAUAUGGCGGUUACGGAGGCUAUGUGCGCACCACUUAUGGCUAAAACCGCCAAGAACCUAACCAAAAUGUUACACUCCAGCAGCACGCAUCAAAAUCAACACACAAAAAGAUCGUAAAACUUAUAUAAGCCAUUUAUUAGGAACCACAUCACACAACUCCAAAGGCGAAAUAACCUCUGAGCCGACAUAUUUGGCGAGCCACUUAAACAUUGCACCGCCGACGCCCAGAAAGUCAAGUCUCCUCAAGUUUUUGCGGGGGAACAAUGUCUGUGCAACAUCUUGACUACCAAGUCUUAAAUUUUAAGUAAAGUAAAGCCAUGUUUAUGUUUUCCCCUUCGGCAGCUUCUGCAAGCUCGUAAAUGCAGUGGAGCGAACUUUUCGCCGGAAUUUUCUGGGGAAAAGUGCCCGGAGUCCCUCUGCCAGUUGAGCGUGUGUUGAGAGCAAUUUGUGAUAAGCUAAUAGAUUUCCCUUGUUAAAUAAAGCAA